AUGCCCCACGCCGACUCGUCGUAUUUCGCCCCGGGAUUGUCCAAGGAUGAAGUCUAUACGCAGAUGAUUGAGCAGACGAGGGGGUUGAUAUACGGGCAGAGGAAUUGGGUACGCAUGUUUCCUCGUAUAUUGACUGAUAACCUCUCAAACACCGCCUCUCUCCUCUGGCACGCCUAUGCCGUCCUCCCAUCGAACAUAAACUGGGCUGGUUUCUACAUCCGCGAUGAUAAAUUCCCUCUCACUAGCACCCCCCAAUCUUCCGACAGGGUGCUAUUACUGGGACCAUUUCAGGGAAAGCCAGCGUGCCAACUCAUCCACUUCGGGCGCGGCGUGUGCGGGACUGCAGCUGCAAAACAGGAGACUGUGGUUGUUGACGAUGUGAUGGCGUUCCCGGGACAUAUUGCGUGUGAUGCGGAGAGUCGGAGUGAGGUUGUUGUGCCGAUUUUGGUGGGUGAUGAGACUGUCGCGAUUAUUGACAUUGAUUGCACAGAGGAGAAAGGGUUUGAUGAGGUUGAUAGGAAGCACCUGGAGGCGCUGGCGGGAGUUCUUGCUGAGGGGUGUGAUUGGUGA